GAGCAAUAAUUGAGAACACAAAAGCACAUUUGUAGAGAGUGGAGAGUAGCGGUGAAGCUAUGAGAGUCUGACAGGGUCAUCCCCAUCUCAGACCAUGUGGAGUGUAUCUGUGAGCCCGUCCGUGUUCCAGGGGGUACAGGGGAUGUGUGUGUCCGUGCGUCCAGCAGCGUGUGUGAGGAUACAGAGGGAGAUGUGUGUGUGUCCGGCGGGGACAGUGGCAGGGCGCGGUGUGGAGGGGGUAACCCCCACCAGAGGGGGUCCUGCGGGGAGGGGUGGAGGUAGAGGGCUGAGACGGUUUGAGGAGAUCCCCCACACGGGCAGCAGUGGCUGGCUCAACCUGGUGAAGUUCUGGAGAGAAGACAGAUUUAAACUAUUACACAAACACAUGGAGAGGACCUUCAACACCCUCGGCCCCAUUUACAGGGAGCGUCUGGGCACCCAGAGCACUGUGAAUAUCCUGCUGCCGUCUGACAUCAGUGAGCUGUUCCGCUCUGAGGGCCUUCACCCCCGACGCAUGACCCUGCAGCCAUGGGCCACACACAGAGAGACACGGCAGCACAGCAAGGGAGUCUUCCUCAAGAACGGGGCAGAGUGGCGUGCCGACCGUCUCCUGCUCAACAGGGAGGUGAUGAUGGCUCCUGCCGUACGUCGCUUCCUGCCCCUCCUAGACGAAGUAGCGAGGGAUUUCUGUCGUCUGCUAGUGACCCGGGUGGAGAAAGAGGGAGGAGAGGAGGAGAGGGGGCACAGUCUGACUUUUGACCCCAGCCCUGACCUCUUCCGCUUCGCCCUGGAAGCCAGUUGUCAUGUCCUGUAUGGAGAGCGUAUCGGUCUCUUCUCCACCUCUCCCUCCCAGGAGUCUCAGAAGUUUAUUUUUGCAGUUGAGAGAAUGUUGGCCACCACCCCUCCUCUCCUCUACUUGCCCCCCCGUCUGCUGUGGCGCCUGGGCGCCCCCCUCUGGACACAACACGCCACUGCAUGGGACCACAUCUUCAGCCACGCCGAGAAAAGGAUCCAGAGAGGAGUCCAGCGUCUGCGCUCCACCCAGGCUGCAGGAGGUGGUAGUGGGGGUACAGAGGGAGAGUUCACAGGGAUCCUGGGUCAGCUGAUGGAUAAAGGACAGUUGUCUCUGGAGCUCAUUAGAGCCAACAUCACUGAACUCAUGGCUGGGGGAGUGGACACGACGGCGGUGCCCCUGCAGUUUGCCCUGUAUGAGUUGGGUCGUAACCCAGCAGUGCAGGAACAGGUCAGAGGUCAGGUGCGGGCAGCGUGGGCAAGAGCCGGCGGUGACGCCCACAAGGCCCUGCAGGGGGCGCCACUACUGAAGGGACUCGUCAAGGAGACCCUCAGGUUAUAUCCAGUGGGAAUCACUGUCCAGAGAUAUCCAGUCAGAGACAUCAUCAUCCAGAACUACCACAUACCUGCUGGGACAUGUGUCCAGGCAUGUCUGUAUCCUCUGGGGAGAAGUCGAGAUGUGUUUCAGGAUCCGGAACGUUUUGACCCUGGUCGCUGGGGGGCUCAGGAGUCUGGAGAGGGGCCUGGAGAGGGGCCUGGAGAGGGGCCUGGGGGUGGAGGGUUCCGGUCCCUGGCGUUUGGAUUCGGGGCCAGGCAGUGUGUUGGCAGGAGGAUCGCUGAGAACGAAAUGCAGCUGCUACUGAUGCACAUCCUGUUGAGUUUCCGUCUCAGUGUGUCGUCUUCAGAGGAGCUCAGCACUAAAUACACCCUAAUCCUCCAGCCUGAAACCCCACCAUGCAUCACCUUCAGCACACUCUGACACACGUCCCCACACACACACGUCCCCACACACACACCUGCCCCCCCCCCCACACACACACACACCAAUCGUUUAACUAACCAAAUAUAUCAAUCAUUUUAUCAAUCCAUUAUACCAGGUAAUCGUCAAUGAACUCACCAACACCUUUACCAUAUGGUCCACAUGACAACAUCAAAUAAUAAUAAACUCCCAUUUUUGGUCAAUGAAAA